AUGAGUUUUAGUUUUCCUGUACUAAAAGGUAUCACAAAGCGAGGCUAUAAACAACCAACGCCUAUUCAACGAAAGACUAUACCUAUUGCUCUAGAAGGUAAAGAUGUUGUGGCAAUGGCUCGCACGGGAUCUGGCAAAACAGCCUGUUUUGUUCUUCCAAUACUGGAAAAGCUAUUACUGCCUGCUCAUAAAGCAUUGCCAGGGAAAAAUCUACGAGCACUAAUUCUAUCUCCUACAAGAGAAUUGGCAUUGCAGACAUUAAGAUUUGUGCGUGAAUUGGGCAAAUUUACUGGGCUGACAUCUGCGGCAAUCCUUGGUGGGGAAUCCAUUGAGCAACAGUUUAGUGUGAUGUCAGGAAAAGCACCAGACAUUGUUGUGGCAACACCUGGGCGUUUUUUACAUAUUUGUAUUGAAAUGAGCCUUAAGCUAGAUAAUAUAAAGGUAAUGGUGUUUGAUGAAGCUGACAGGCUGUUUGAGUUGGGGUUUGGUGAACAAUUAAGAGAAAUUGUGGCUAGGCUGCCUUCAAGUCGCCAAACUCUAUUGUUUUCGGCUACACUACCCAAAAUGCUUGUGGAGUUUGCAAGAGCAGGAUUAACGGACCCGGUUUUGAUAAGAUUAGAUGUCGACUGGAAACUACCAUCAACAUUAUGGUUGGGUUGGAUAUCUGUGAGGGCUGAAUUAAAAACAGCUGCAUUAUUGCUCUUGCUCGAUAGAGUACUCACCUCUUCAACUCCUCAAGCUGUUGUUUUUGCGGCCACAAAGCAUCAUGUAGAAUAUUUACAUCUGAUACUGAAGCAAGCUGGUAUAUCGUCGACGUUCGCGUACUCGGGCCUCGAUCCGUCCGCUCGUAAGAUAGCGUUAGGGAAGUUCAUAAAUAAGAAGUGUUCUGUGCUGCUUGUGACUGACGUAGCGGCGAGAGGACUGGAUCUUCCCUCGCUAGACACCGUUAUCAAUUACAACUUCCCCGCAAAGCCCAAGUUGUUUGUGCACAGAGUUGGCAGGAGCGCCCGCGCUGGCAGAGCUGGUAGGGCGUUCUCCCUCGUCGCCGCCGAGGAUGUCGCCCACCUCCUGGAUCUGCAGCUGUUCCUCGGAACGGAACUCUUGCCUCCGGGACAAGCCCACGGGGAGGAGUGUCCCAGCGGCGUUUGGGGAACCAUGCCCACGGAGCAGCUGGAACUGAGGCACCAAAACGUCAUGUCCUGGGAGAAGAACUACUCGGAAAUCGAGGAGGCCAGUAGGGUGUGCGCGCGCGGUUGGCAGCAGUAUGUGAGGUGGCGCGAGCCAGCCUCUGCCGAGGCCAAUAGGCGGGCGAAGACCACCCCCGCGCCGCCCCACCCCCACCCCUAUUUGCUCACCGCCCCCGCGCCGCAGCGCACCCUGGACCUGCUGCAGCAGAUCAACUCCUACCAACCCAAAGGGACAAUAUUGGAGUUGGGCGGCAAGAACGAUUCUCCGAUGUUCCUAGCCAUGAAGGCUAAGAGACGUGUGCACGGGAAGAAGGUGCAGAAAGCGCGCGAGAGCAAACAUAACGAGAUGGAUAAUAUAUUAGAAGAUACGACAAAUUUGAAACCUACAACGAAUGCUGAAAACGCUCAGUCAAAGAAGAAAUCCAAAAGCGUUGUUGUUCGCGACGAGAAUUACAUACCACAUUUCGCUAGUGACCAACAUACUGAGACCGGCAUGGCGGUGAACUUCGCGGCGGGCGCGUCUUCCGCGGAGCUGGAGCUGGGCGCGGACUGCAGCGAGGGGGCGCGCUCCAACCGCGCUCACAUGCGCUGGGACAGGAAGCGCAAGAAGAUGGUGCACGUCGACCCGGACGGCGGGCGCAAGAUGAUACGGACGGAGAGCGGCGGCAGGGUGCCGGCCAGCUUCCGCAGCGGCCGCUACGACGAGUGGCGCAAGAGGAACGCACAGCCGGACGACGAGGAGCCCGAGGCGAACGCCAACCGAAUGAAACCGGUGUCCGAGUUCCGUCCACAUUGGGUGAAGCACAACGAACGUGUCGCCAAAAAGAAAUCUGAAGCUUCCUCAAAGGAGUUCAGAGACAAGCAGCAGAUCGUUAAGGAGAGACUGCGCAAAGAGAAAAUCAAACAGAAGCUGAAAUAUAAAAUGCGUUCGAAGAAGAAAAAGAAGAAG